CUUUGCAGCUCGCACCAGCUUCUGGCGCACCCUAAGGCCAUGUCCCUCAGCCUUAUCCUGACCGGCCACAUGCAUGGUUAUUCCUUAAGCUAAGUGCAAAACUUAGUAGCGCUCCUUUUUCUUUCUUUCUUUUCCGUUCUUUCUUUCUUCUUUUCCCCCUCUUCCCAACAACUGAAUCAUGCCAUGGGUCCUGAGGAGCUGGGUGGCAAAUAUAUUCCUCGUAGUCCAGUUCCUUGACUUUCAGGCGCUAUGCAAUGAUAGAGAGCCUCAGCCAGGCGCGUUUUCCUUUCCGGACAAGAGGCAAGAACACUUUAUCAAGACAUUGCCAGAAUAUCAUAUAGUGGGACCUGUCAAGGUCAAUGCAACUGGACAUUUUGUAUCACAUGCUUUGCACCAUCAUAUCCCAAGUACAGGGAAUGCCAGGAGGAGAAGAGAUCUGGAACACAAAGAUGACCGGGUAUAUUAUAAAAUUGCUCAUGAGGACAAGGACCUGUUUUUUAACUUGACAGUCAAUCGAGGAUUUCAUUUCAAUAACUACAUCCUGGAGAGACGAUAUGGAAAUCUCACAGGUGCCCAAAUGGAAUCCAUUUCAGGUUCUUCCUGCCACUUCCAUGGCACAGUGCUUCAGUCAGGAGUUGGAGAUGGCAUCGCAGCCCUUAGUACCUGCAAGGGACUGACUGGAUUUUUCCGCCUGCCACAUGGAGACUAUUUUAUUGAACCUGUUAAAAUGCAUCCAUUGGCUGAAGGAAAGCAUCACCCACACAUCAUUUACAAGAGACAAGUACACACAGAUUCUCUCAGGAAAAGAUGGGGAUUUCCGGAACAAAAAGAACCUGCUUGUGGACUGAAUGAUAGUCGUGCCAUGUUUCAACAGCAGGAACAACAACGAGAAAGGUGGGAGAGGAACAAUGUGUCAAAGAAAAGACUCUCUCGGAGAUCCAUCAGCAAAGAACGAUGGGUGGAGACUCUGGUUGUAGCAGAUACAAAGAUGAUCGAAUACCAUGGAAGUGACAAUGUGGAAUCUUACAUCCUCACCAUCAUGAACAUGGUCACUGGAUUAUUCCAUAAUCCAAGCAUUGGCAAUGCCAUUCAUAUUGUAGUAGUCCGGCUCAUUUUACUAGAAGAAGAAGAGCAAGGAUUGAAAAUAGUUCACCAUGCAGACAAGACGCUGGCCAGCUUCUGCAAGUGGCAGAAAAGCAUCAACCCCAAGAGUGACCUCAACCCAGCCCAUCAUGAUGUGGCUGUACUCCUGACCAGGAAAGAUAUCUGUGCUGGAGUUAAUCAUCCUUGUGAAACCUUAGGCCUGUCUCAUCUCUCUGGCAUGUGUCAACCUCACCGCAGCUGUAACAUCAAUGAAGAUUCAGGACUCCCCCUGGCUUUCACAAUUGCCCAUGAACUUGGGCACAGCUUUGGGAUCCAGCAUGAUGGAAGAGAAAAUGACUGUGAGCCUGUGGGAAGGCACCCCUACAUCAUGUCCCGUCAGCUCCAGUAUGACCCCACUCCACUCACAUGGUCCAAGUGUAGCAAGGAUUAUAUCACCCGAUUCCUUGACCGAGGGUGGGGCUUCUGCCUGGAUGAUGUCCCCCAGAAGAAAGGUUUGAAGUCCAAGGUCAUUGCUCCUGGAGUGAUCUAUGACAUCCACCACCAGUGCCAGCUGCAGUAUGGCCCCAAUGCAACCUUCUGUCAAGAAGUCGAAAACAUUUGCCAGACAUUGUGGUGCUCAGUGAAAGGUUCUUGUCGCUCAAAGCUGGAUGCUGCUGCGGAUGGGACAAGAUGUGGAGAGAAAAAGUGGUGUAUGGCUGGCAAAUGCAUCACCGUAGGAAAGAAACCGGAGAGUAUCCCUGGAGGUUGGGGCCGCUGGUCACCCUGGUCACACUGCUCAAGGACCUGUGGGGCUGGAGCUCAGAGUGCAGAGAGACUCUGCAACAACCCUGAGCCCAAGUUUGGUGGGAAGUAUUGCACUGGAGAAAGGAAGCGCUAUCGCCUGUGCAACAUCCAUCCCUGUCGUGCAGAUGUGCCAACGUUUCGGCAGAUGCAGUGUAGUGAAUUUGACACAGUUCCCUACAAAAAUGAGUUCUACCAUUGGUUUCCAGUUUUUAACUCAGAAUAUCCCUGUGAACUCUACUGUCGACCCAUAGAUGGACAGUUUUCAGAGAAAAUGCUAGAUGCUGUUAUCGAUGGUACACCUUGCUUUGAAGGAGGCAACAGCAGAAAUGUCUGUAUUAAUGGCAUAUGUAAGAUGGUUGGCUGUGACUAUGAAAUUGAUUCCAACGCCACUGAAGACCGCUGCGGCGUGUGCCUGGGAGAUGGCUCUGCCUGCCAUACUGUGAAGAAGAUAUUCAAACAGAAAGAAGGAUUUGGCUAUGUUGAUAUUGGGCUUAUUCCAAAAGGAGCAAGAGACAUCCGAGUAGUAGAGGUUGAAGAAGCUGGAAACUUUUUGGCUGUCAGGAGUGAAGACCCAGAAAAGUAUUACCUAAAUGGGGGGUUUAUUAUCCAGUGGAAUGGGGACUACAAGUUGGCAGGGACAGUCUUCCAGUAUGACAGGAAAGGUGACCUGGAGAAUCUGAGGGCAGCUGGUCCCACCAACGAAUCUGUGUGGAUACAGCUCCUCUUCCAAGUGACCAACCCUGGCAUAAAAUAUGAGUACACAAUACGGAAAGACAGCAGCUCUGAAAAUGAUGUAGAGAAGCCAGAGUACUUUUGGCAAUAUGGCAGCUGGACAGAAUGCAGUGCAACAUGUGGGACAGGUAUUCGCCGCCAGACUGCCCACUGUAUGAAGAAGGGGAGAGGCAUGGUCAGAAUGACAUUCUGUGACCCUGAAACCCAGCCCAAUGGGAGACAGAAGAAAUGCUAUGAAAGGAAUUGUCCACCCAGAUGGUGGGCAGGAGAAUGGCAAGCCUGUUCAGCAACCUGUGGUCCUCUAGGAGAGAAGAAAAGAACAGUGCUGUGUAUCCAGACAAUGGGCUCUGAUGAGCAGGCCCUCCCUGCUAAAGACUGCCAUCACCUGCUUAAGCCAAAGGCUCUCAUUUCCUGCAAUAGAGAUGUCUUAUGUCCUUCUGACUGGACAGUGAGCAACUGGAGUGAGUGUACUGUUUCCUGUGGUGGAGGAGUGAGGAUUCGAAAUGUGACAUGUGCCAAGAACAAUGAUGAACCGUGUGACUUCACAAAGAAGCCCAAUAGUCGAGCCCUCUGUGGUCUACAACAGUGUCCUUCUGGCCGGAGACUGCUGAUCCCUCCUCUGAAGCCCAAGAGAGGACCAAUUUCCAAUAGGAGAACUCUACCUAAGCCUAAAUCAACUCCCUCAAGUCCCAUCCCUCCCCCUACACUUAGUCCUAGAGUUCUGACCACACACAUGAUGCCUGAAUCUGUGAGUCUGAAUCCUAUGACUACUAUUACCACAAAUCCUACCAUGUCUUCCAAAGAUCAAGAUCCCGUAGGAGGAAAAUUGCAAAACAAUUCAAUCCCAUCUGAGCUAGACCCUCAUAUUUCCAUUGUUCCCACUGAAAGCACAUCCCAGCCAAAUCCUGCUACUGGGUCUGUGAGUAUCCAGCCAAAGAGCAAAAAUGCAACUAGCAAAGGGAACAUUUCCCAUUCAGAAAGGACAUCCGCCCCUAAAAUGGACUUUGUGACCAAAACAGAUGUCACCCCUGUGUUGCCAUUCACCACAAUCCCAGUGACUUUGCAGGUGACUCCUGUUUUUGACCACUUGCCUGAGGGGCCAGAAACAGAAGUUCACAGUGGCUCAGGAGAAGAUAGUGACCAACAUGUGGACAAAACUACAGAUGGUCCUGUAACAUGGACCAAGAGCAAAAGCCUCACAGACCAGUCUCCACCUACAAAUGCCAUAAAUAUGCCACUCCAGCCCCAACCAACACCCUCUCUCAGUGAGCCUGCCAUGGGGCUUUCAUUCAGCACAACAGCAGAUGGGCUAUCACCUUUAACAAGGACCAGCCAACAACCCACCACUCUCCAAUAUGCCACAUCGGAUGCCAGUGCAAUAGUCAGCAAAAAGCCUUCCCUCCUACAGCUAUCGGCAGAAAGAAAAAUUGAACCAAUGCUGCAUGAGAAAGUGUCAACCCAUAUGGAGACAGAACCCGUGAACAACAAGACUCUGUCACAAAACCUUGAAUCUGAGCUGACUGAGGAGGAUGCAAAGAACUUGAUUGCUGAGGGUUUUUUGCUGAAUGCCACCAAUUAUAACCAUCUCAGAAUGCCCAGUCCAACACAGAGUACUGCCUACUGGAUUGUGGGCAACUGGAGUGAGUGUUCGACCACCUGUGGCUUGGGUGCUCUUUGGAGACAUGUGGAAUGCAGCACUCAGAUUGACUCUGACUGUGAAUCCAUUCAGAGGCCUGACCCUGCAAAGAGAUGUCACCUGCGCCCCUGUGCUAGCUGGAAAGUGGGCACCUGGAGCAAGUGCUCCCAAAAUUGUGGUGGGGGCAUCAAAGUCCGUGAGGCUCGGUGUGUGAAUAGCCAUGACCAUCGGAACCUGAGGCCAUUUCAUUGCCAAUUACUUGAAGACAAGCCCCAACUGAGCACCACUUGUAACAUGGAGCCCUGCCUAGAGUGGAAGACAGAGCCCUGGAGCCAGUGUUCCAGGUCCUGUGGAGGUGGCACUCAGGAGAGGCUGGUGCAUUGCCCAAAAGGUCGUUGUGAUGGACAGGCAAAACCUAACUCUACCAGACAUUGUAAUGAGCAGUCUUGUUCCCACUGGGUAAAAGGGACAUGGAAUUUGUGUACUGUUUCCUGUGGUGGUGGCAUUCAGCAAAGAUCUGUCCAAUGUGUCAACUCAGAGAGAAACAAAACAGAAGACCACAGCCUGUGUGAGCAUACCCCCAAACCUCUGGAAUCACAGAAGUGCAAUGAGCAAGAAUGCAGGAAAAACACAGAUCUACCUUGUGUCAAGGACAAGCUAUCACCGAGUUUCUGCCAGACACUGAAAACUAUGGGCAAAUGCUCUAUCAUCACUCUAAGGGCUCAGUGCUGCUACACAUGUGCUGGCCCUCAAACCAUCCGGCCUCAAUGGCAAAAAAAUCGACAGGGCUUCAGAAAAUCCAAACUGCUCUGA